UUUUUACAAAAAAUGAAUUUUCAAAAUUUUAGCAACAAUUUUUGUUCACUAGUUUUUUUAGUACGAAAUAAUGCAUAUUAUCCUAAAUACCCAGAAUAUAUAAAAUUUUCUUCAAGAUUGAAAACAUUCAACUUAUUCCCGUUAACUUCAUCUCAAGAUAAAUACUCAUUAGCUGAAAGCGGUUUUAAAUAUUCAGGGAAAAAAGAUAUUGUCGAAUGUUUUUGCUGUGGACUCAUCUUACAUAAUUGGGAAAAAGAUGAUAUUCCAUGGAUUGAACACACAAGAUGGAAUCAAAAGUGUAUAUACGUUAUAUUAUCAAAAGGAAAUCAGUUUGUUGAAAAUAUAAUAAAUAAGUACGGAAAGAUUAACGAUGUAUGUCAAUGUGAUUGUGAAUUUAAGACAUAUGAUACUAUAAUUUAA